GAGGAAGUCAAGCAUUUCUCCAAUUCGAUCAACAGCUAAGGGCGUCAUGGCAGACUCAGACCAAGUGAAUGGCGACUCACAGCACAUUUCUUCCUUCUCUCAAACAGCACAAGACUAUAUCGCGUCCCAACUCCGCCUUGAGGCAGACGCGCGCGAAGUGCUGCCCUACCAAUUCGACUCUUGCACCCAACCCCUCGGUCCCCUUCGCCAAUCCGUCUUCGCCUGUCUCACCUGCACGCCCCCACCCGCCUCACCCCACCAACAUUUCACGCCGGCGGGAGUCUGCUACUCAUGCAGCAUCAGCUGUCACGGCGACCACAACCUCGUCGAACUCUUCUCCAAGCGCGACUUUGUCUGCGACUGCGGUACGACGAGGCUGGCCAGUUGCGGCACGCCUUGCUCUUUACGGCAUAAUGCUGUGACGGGACGAAAGGGUGGCGUGGUGGGUGAGGAAGCGAGGGAGGGGAAUCGGUAUAAUCAUAACUUCCAGGGCAGGUUUUGUGGAUGUGGCGAGGAGUAUGAUCCGGAGAGGGAGAAGGGAACGAUGUUUCAGUGUCUUGGCUUAGGGACGAUGGAGGAGGGGGGGUGUGGGGAGGAUUGGUGGCAUGCGGAGUGCUUGAUGGGAUUGCCGAGGCAGAAGAGUGAGGGCGUGUCAGGAAAAGCGACGAUGAAUGGCGAGCUUGAGCCUGUCAGAGAGGAGGACGAGGUGGAAGGUGCUGCGGCAGUGCAGCAUGAAGUCGAACCACCGCUUCCGCCAGGCUUCCCAGCGGAGGACGAUUUCGACCACCUCAUCUGCUACAAGUGCGUCGAUGCCUUCCCGUGGAUCAAGCAGUACGCAGCUACACCAGGCUUUUUACCCGCUGUCCCGAUGCAACUCAACGCAAACGACGUGGUCACCGACCGCUCAGCCGAGAGCAGGAAACGCAAAGCCGACGACGACGUGAACGAGGCACAAGACACUAAGAAGGUCAAAGUCAACGAAGAAGCGUCAUCACUCGAAUCAAGUGUCGUUGACGAAGCGAACGGCAACGCCAACAAACCGAGACACACGACCCUCCCCUCCCCACCCCGAGGCAGCAUCUCCCUGUUUCUGAAAGAAGACUUCCGUGACCAUCUCUGCCGCUGCACCGACUGCUUCCCACGCCUCGCCCGACACCGCCAGUUGUUCGAAGAAGAAGAUUCCUACGAACCACCCCUCUCCGAGAGCUCCGAAGGACAAGCCCCAGCCAGCGUCACCGGCAGAAGCGUCAACUCUGGAUCUCUACUCGAACGGGGCGAGGCUGCACUCUCGUCUAUGGAUCGAGUGAGAGCGAUUGAGGGCGUGAUGGCGUACAAUCAUGUCAGGGACAAGGUUAAGGCGUUUUUGCAGCCGUUUGCCGAGAGCGGACAGGCUGUUGGGGCGGAGGAUAUCAAGGCUUACUUUGCUAAGUUGAGAGGAGAUGAGGCGGGAAUGAAGGGGAAGGUGGUUGGGGAGGGAGGUCGAGAAAGCAGGAAGGAGCAGGAAGGGUAUUAAGCUGUUGCUUGAGCACCUGCUGGGUACAGGCAGCGGGAAGGUUACGGUUAGCGUGGUGCUCGGAAAGCGGAAAAGCUGAUUGGCUGGUGAUCCUACGGCUACCGUCAACUCCCCGUCCAAGACGGAUUGACAUCUCCACCUUACACACUUGCACAACCUUGCAGCACGAGCUCCGUAGAAACAGAGCUAUCUCAUUCGAGCCGUCGCAUUAGUGGCUCUCUGGUUGGCCGUCCACUCCGGCAUCUCUGGACACCGCCUGGCCGCCAUGAGUAUAGCCUCACUAACACCGUUGGCUCGAAUGGACCUAUAGAAGUUGUGCAAAGCCGAGCAGUAAGCCACGGCAUCGAACAUAUAAGAAUGUAGGCAGGUAAGGUAAAACUACCACUCAUUGUCACUU